GCAAUCGGCAGCGGCGCCCGCGGGGAGACGGAGGACGCGGGGCCGCGGGGGCCGCGGAGCUGCCCUGCCUAGCCGAACCGAGCCGAGGAGGCGGCCCAGAGGCCUCCCAGACGAGCGGUGCCAGAGGGCCUGGCUCCAGCGCCCGGCGGAGCGCAGCAGUCAGCUGGGAGGGCCGCCGAGGCCAGCAGCUCGGGAGGCAGCCACCAUGGCCUCCACAGUGAACAACGGAGCGGCCACCAUGCCAUCCCCGCCCGACGCAGCAAACGGCUUCCCGCAGCCGGGCGCCUCUUCGGGGGCCUGGCCGCGGGCGGAGGAGGAGCUGCGCACUGCAGAGCCGGGCCUGGUGAAGCGCGCGCACCGUGAGAUCCUGGACCACGAGCGCAAGCGGCGUGUGGAGCUCAAGUGCAUGGAGCUGCAGGAGAUGAUGGAGGAGCAGGGGUACUCGGAGGAGGAGACCCGGCAGAAGGUCAGGACCUUCCGGCAGAUGCUGAUGGAGAAGGAGGGAAUGCUCGCCAGGGAGGACCGGCCGGGGGGCCACGUCGUGGUGGAGACCCCGCGGCUGAUCGAGGGCGCCGACCCCGGCCUGGAGUACGCGCCCUUCGACGAGGACGACGGCCCGGUGGACUGCGACUGCCCGGCCGCCUGCUACCGUGGGCACCGGGGGUACAGGGCCAAGCACUGGUCCAGCAGUUCGGCGUCGCCCCCUCCCAAGAAGAAGAAGAAGAAGAAAGGCGGCCACCGGAGAAGCCGCAAAAAGAGGAGACUAGAUUCCGAGUGCAGCUGUGGGAGCUCCUCACCCCUGCGCAAGAAGAAGAAGAGUGUGAAGAAACACCGCCGAGACAGGUCUGAUUCUGGGUCCCGGAGGAAGAGGCGGCACAGAUCUCGAAGCCCCAAGAGCAAAAGAAAGGAAAAGAACAAAGAAAGGAAGAGGCUACACGCAGAGUCCCCAGGCCGGAGGGCCCAUCGCCACAGCAGCGGCAGCUCCCACAGCCCCUCACUGUCCUCCCAUUACAGUGAUUCCAGAUCACCCAGCAGGCUGAGCCCCAAGCACCGAGAUGACGGGCGGAAGACGGGCAGCCAGCGGUCCAGCGGGAGCCGGUCGCCUACCCCGUCCGGCGGCAGCGGAUGGGGGUCGCCCCAGCAGAACGGCGGCAGCAGACAGCGGAGCGGAGCGCACGGGGGCCGCCCGGGCUCGGCGCACAGCCCGCUCGAUAAGCCCAGCUCGCCCUCGCCCAGGGCCCGCGACCAGGCGGAAGCCGGCGCAGCCACGCCGCCCGCGCGGGGGAAGGAGAGCCCGAGCCCGCGCUCGGCGCCGUCGUCGCAGGGCAGAGGAGGCCGCGCGGCGGGCGGGGCGGCCAGGCGCCGGCGGCGGCGGCGGCGGCGGCGGCGGAGACGCUCGCGAUCCUCGGCGUCCGCGCCUCGCCGUAGGGGCCGCCGGCGCGCCCGGCCCGCGCCGCCCCGGGGCUCGUCGCGCUCGCUCAGCAGGGCCCGCUCCAGCAGCGACUCGGGCGGCGGCCCCCCCGGCCCCGGGCCCGAGCCCGGCUCCGAGCGAGGCCACGGCGGGCACGGUAAACGGGCCAAGGAGCGGCCCCCGCGCGCCCGGGCAGCCAGCACCUCCCCGUCCCCGGGCGCGCACGGCAGGCACGGCGGCCCAGAGGGGAAGAGCUCGUCGCGCAGCCCCGGCCCGCACCCGCGCUCCUGGAGCUCCAGCCGCUCGCCCUCCAAAUCCCGCUCGCGCUCAGCCGAGAAGAGGGCUCGCAGCCCCAGCCGCUCGCCGUCGCCCAAGAAAGCCCUAGGCCGGGACAAGGACGGCGAGGGCCGCGCGAGGCACGCCGAGGCCGAGGCCGCCCGCGCCCGCCGCCGCUCCCGCAGCUACUCGCCCAUCCGCAAGCGGCGCCGGGACUCGCCCAGCUUCAUGGAGCCGCGGCGCAUCACCAGUGCCCGAAAGCGUCCCAUCCCCUACUACCGGCCCAGCCCCUCGUCCUCCUCCAGCUGCCUGAGCAGCGACUACUCAAGCCGGAGCCCCAGCCGCAGCCCCAGCCCUGGCCACAGCCACGGAAGCUACAGCAGCCGCAGUCGGACCCGCAGCCGCACGCGCAGCCCCUCCCGGACCCCCAGUCCCAGCUACCACAGCCGGAGCAGCUCAGAGAGCGGGGGCUUCUGAGCCCAGCAGACCCAGCUUCGUGCCCCCUGGCACAGGGAGAGGCGAGGGGUCAGCCCCCAGGACCCAUGGGGGGGGCCUGCACCCCACUGCUACAAAGAGGUCCUGCAUCCAGGGAAGACCUUGAGGGUGGGUGCGCUGCAGAAAAGGAGGAGCUGGAGUCUGCUGCUUCUAGAGGGUCCCCACCCCCUCCUCCUGCCUGCCCACCGCGUCCAGGGAACAAAGAGCCGUCUGAACACAGGGACCACCCUGCGCCCCUUCCUGCUUGAUGCCACCUCACCAGGCUGGUGACCUCAGCUCAGCCUCCCUGCCCCUCCAAAGGACCCUCAGCUCCUCUCCAUCACUGGGCAGACAUGGAGGUGGGACUGCAAGCAGGAGCUAAGUUAGAAGGAAGAAUGGCCUCGGCACAUCGCCAGCCAGGCUGGGAACCACCUUCUGAGCUGGCUGCGGGAGGACGCCGGCUGAGGGGUGGAGGCCGGCCGCCGUGGCCUCCCCAGACCCCUCUCUGGGCCCAGGAGUGCCCGGGACCAGGGGGGCCUCUAAGCCCCAGCCUGAGGGGCCGGGGGAACUCACCCUUGGUCCCGCCUCUCCAGGCCAGGCCCUGCCUUGGGCCAAGGCCACUCCAGCCAGCCUCCUGCAUGACCAGAGGCGGGACCACCACAGCUGCAUCUGACCCCAAGAUCAAAAGGAGUUCGGGUCAGAAGGUGGAAGAGAGAAGGGGUAGAUGGAGGAGGAGCCUGUAAACAGAGCGCCAAUGACUAAGCAAACCCUGGAGUCCCCUCCGGGGCGGCCCAGCGGCUGGGAGGUGGGCAGAUGACGACAGAAUAGGAUGCCUCGCGCUUUGGGGCCUGCCCGGCAGCACUUCCUCCUCCCUCCCCCAGAGGGGUGCUACAGCCCUUCCCAGAAAGGGCAGACUCUAGACCGAGGGCCUUGGCCUGGGGCGCAGAUGGGGAAGCAGUGGCCCCAGCCCUCUUCUGCUGCUCCCAGCCCCCUCCUCCUGGGGCCCUCAGGGAUCUCACGAAGUCUUCCUUGGCCCAACAGGGCAGAUGCCCUGGGCUCCGGUGGGGGGGGGGGGUCUGGGGUCUGGUCCGGGUUCCCCCUCUCUCAAUUUCCCCCUCCCUCUCCGCGGUGCGGAUAAAAAUUGGAUCUAAUAAAACACUUGGUGCCCGGA